CUCGUCCAAUCACUUGCGUGGAAGUUAUUCCUCUUUAAUCUCCCUGCUUCUGUUGUACUCAGGUAGAGGAAACUGUUGUGGUGAAAAGACUACUGGUUCAUGUUCCUCAGUCAUGGAAGUGAAUGGAAGUGUGACAGUCCUCUCCUCUGCACUCCUGGCAGUGGACUAUAUGGAUUCAGUUCUACCAGAGAACCCCCUCCAACAGCCACUGCAGCAAGCAUGGAACCACAUGCUGCAGAGCUACACCAAAUUCCAGAUUGCUACCUGGGGCUCACUGAUUGUGCAUGAAUUCAUCUAUUUCCUUUUCUGUCUACCUGGCUUUCUCUUCCAGUUCCUCCCUUUCGUGCAGAAGUACAAAAUCCAGUCGGAUAAGCCCGAGACAUGGGAGAAACAGUGGAGGUGUUUCAAAAUGCUGCUCUUCAAUCACUUUUGCAUCCAGCUGCCUCUGAUCUGUGGAACUUAUUACUUCACUGAGUUCUUCAACAUCCCUUAUGACUGGGACUCAAUGCCUCGCUGGCCGCUGUUGCUGGCCCAGUGUUUUGGCUGUGCUGUGAUUGAAGACACCUGGCAUUACUUCCUCCAUCGAGCUUUGCAUCAUCGCAGAAUCUACAAAUACAUCCAUAAGGUCCACCAUGAGUUUACUUCUCCGUUUGGGAUGCAGGCUGAAUAUGCUCACCCUCUGGAGACUCUGAUCCUGGGCUCUGGAUUCUUCAUUGGCAUCAUGGUCUUCUGCAACCAUGUAAUUCUACUUUGGGCCUGGGUCACCUUCAGACUCCUGGAGACCAUUGAUGUGCACAGUGGUUAUGACAUUCCUCUGAACCCUCUGCACCUGAUUCCCUUCUAUGCUGGGGCUCGUUUCCAUGACUUCCAUCACAUGAACUUUGUGGGAAACUAUGGGUCCACCUUCACCUGGUGGGACAAGCUGUUCAGCACAGAUUCCCAGUUCAUCAAACAUCAGCAGAAACAGAAACAGCAGUGAGAACGGGGAAGUGGAUGUGAGGGGGAAGAUGACACUGAGAAUGACACCGUAAAUGAAUGAAUGAAUGAAUGAGUGAGUGAGUGAGUGAGUGAGUGAGUGAGUGAGUGAGUGAGUGGGUGAGUGAGUGAGUGAGUGAGUGAGUGAGUGAGUGAGCGACUUGUGAGUGAGCGUGUGAAUGAACAAUGUAUGAGUAUAUAAACAGAGAAGGUUCACAAAUGCACAUUUUUUUUAUUGUUGUGAGGCCCAACUGAUCUAUGGAUUUGUGUGAUCCUAACAUAUCUAACACACACACAUACACAGACUCUUCAGACCUCAUAAUAAACAAACAGAAAUGCUUACUGCUGUGAGGACACAGAAGUUUGCAGUGGUGUGAUUUCUGAGCACUUUACAAAUAUCCAGAUUUAUUGUAUUCAUAUUUCCCCCCUUGAUUAAAUUGAACAAAGGGGUGGUUUAGAUUGAGGUUUUUGCAUAUUGCCUUUUAUUUUGUAUUUGACUUCAGUUACGCCUCAAGGGAAUGGUAGCCUCUACAACCCGUUUGAAACCUCUGUAACCUACCCCAAACCGUGACUUUGUGAUUGUGGACCGGCCACAUUCUUACUUAAAUGUUCAGUUUGACAUUUUUUUGUUUUUGCCUUUGAAUGAAAAUAAAAGCUUGGUACCUGUUUAA